AUGUCAUUGCCGAAGGAUCAGUAUAGCUUAGUCAAUGUGUUAGAUGUAAUAGACAAUAGCGACAGUGAGUUCGAAGGGUUCGAAAGUGAGUCGGAUGGUGAAUUUAGUCCAUAUUGCUCCAACCAGUCAUCAGAGAGUGAUAGUGAAGUUGACGACAGCAGUGAUUUACUAGAUCAUAGUAACCAAACUUCUGAUCAGGAAAGUGAAUGGGAAUCGGAUGAUGAUGUUCCUUUAUCAAGCAUGGCAAAACUGACACCAAAUACCAAGUACAAAUGGCGCAAUGUUGCGUUUCAACCACCAGAGAACAUAGAGUUUUGUGGUGACACAAAACUUCCAGAUCUGCCAACAGUGAAUGGCGAAGUCACACCAUACAGUUUGUUCAAGAUGUUUAUAUCGGAUGAAAUGCUUGGAUCUGUGGUUAACGAAACAAACCGGUACAGCGUGGAGAAAAAUGGCCAGUCAAUAAAUAUAUCUCGUCAGGAAUGCGAACAGUUGAUAGGAGUGAUCUUCUAUAUGGGACUGGUCCAAAUGCCUAGCCUUCGCUCGUAUUGGGAGAAUGAGCUAGGUUUUGAGCCGAUUUCCAGUGUUCUAUCUCGUAAUCGAUUCCUUAAAUUGGUCACAUUGCUUCAUUUUGUUGACAACAAUGCCAUCACAGAUGAGGAAAAGAAAGACAGGCUUUGGAAACUACGUCCAUGGCUUGAUGCAAUGAGACAAAAUUUUCUGCAAAUCCCUCCAAAAGAAUGUCAGUCAAUUGAUGAGAUUAUCAUUCCAUUCAAGGGUAGAUCUGGCCUCAAAGUUUAUAUGCCUAAAAAGCCACAUAAGUGGGGGUUUAAACUUUGGGGUCGAUCAGACUCAGAUGGAUUUAUGUAUGAUUUCGACGUAUACCAACCUGUUCCAGAUGACCAAGUCUCAGAGCUGGGACGAUCUGCCGGGGUUGUAGAGAAAAUGACUGAUACAUUGCCAGAUGGGAAAAAUUUCAAGGCCUUCGCUGACAAUUAUUUCUCUUCUGUUGCACUUGCUGAAAAGUUGAAGAAGCGCCAAAUAUAUUACAUUGGCACAGUCAGGAUGAAUCGUGUGACUGGAAACAAAUUGCUGAAACCCAAGGAAAUGAAAAAGACUGCUCGAGGACAUUGUGUUGCCCAGGUUGAAAGAAACACGAAUGUGGUAUGUGUCCAGUGGAAUGACAACAAAGUAGUCAGCCUCAUUUCGUCCUAUGUUGGGAGAGAACCCAUGACAGAGGCAAGGCGUGGGGAUAGGAAGGGAAAAAAAACAUGUGCAAAUCCAGAAGCCAAAGAUUGUGGAAGAGUAUAAUAAGUUUAUGGGAGGCAUUGACCUUCUAAACAUGUGUACAAACUUGUACAAGUACAAUAUAAAGUCUCGUAGGUGGUAUAUGUAUAUAUUCUUUCAUUCGCUUACACUUGCCCUAGUAAAUUCCUGGUUUCUGUACAGAAGGUACCAUCAAGAGCAAGGUACAGAUAAGAAAGAAGUGCUUCCUCUCAGGAAAUUUCAAGCUGCUUGUGCGUAUGCUCUGACCUCAGCCGGCAAAGGAAAGAAGCGAACACGUGGUCGCCCAUCAUUAGAAGAGCAGGAAAUUUUGGAAGCAAACAGGUCCCAGAAGAAGAGGUAUGUUGGUGUACCUGAAGAUGUCCAGAAAGAUGAGUUUGACCACUUCCCCAUGUAUGAUCCAACACGUCAACGGUGCAAG